AGCAGAGAGAAGCUGAGCCCCGAGCUAGGGUUGCCUGACUUAAAGGAACAGGCUCCUCAAGCCCCCUCUAAGCCGCCCCCCCUCCCAGCCUCCAUCUGGAUGACCCCUCCCUCCUGAGUCCACCAUCGGGUCUCUCCUGAGGGGUCAUUCUCUCAGCAUGAACUGCAUCUCAGAUUUCUUCACCUACGAGACCACCAAGUCGGUGGUCGUGAAGAGCUGGACCAUUGGGAUCAUCAACCGAGCGGUUCAGCUUCUCAUCAUCUCCUACUUCGUGGGGUGGGUUUUCCUGCACGAGAAGGCGUACCAGGUGCGGGACACGGCUAUCGAGUCCUCGGUGGUGACCAAGGUCAAGGGCUUCGGACGCUAUGCCAACAGAGUCAUGGACGUGUCUGACUAUGUGACCCCACCCCAGGGCACCUCUGUCUUUGUCAUCAUCACCAAGAUGAUCGUCACGGAAAACCAGAUGCAAGGCUUCUGCCCAGAGAGCGAGGAGAAGUUCCGCUGUGUGUCGGACAGCCAGUGCGGACCCCAGCGCUUCCCGGGGGGAGGGAUCCUCACCGGCCGCUGCGUCAACUACAGCUCUGAGCUCCGGACCUGCGAGAUCCAGGGCUGGUGCCCGGCAGAGGUGGACACAGUGGAGACGCCUGUCAUGAUGGAAGCCGAGAACUUCACUAUUUUCAUCAAGAACAGCAUCCGUUUCCCCCUCUUCAACUUCGAGAAGGGGAACCUCCUCCCCGACUUGACAGCCGCUGAUGUGAAGACCUGCCGCUUCCACCCCGACAGAGCCCCCUUCUGCCCCAUCCUGCGGGUGGGCGACGUGGUCAAGUUCGCGGGGCAGGAUUUUGCCAAGCUGGCCCAAACGGGCGGCGUCCUUGGCAUUAAGAUCGGCUGGGUGUGCGACCUGGACAAGGCCUGGGACAAGUGCAUCCCCAGAUACUCCUUUACCCGGCUGGAUGGCGUUUCCGAGAAGAGCAGCAUCUCCCCGGGCUACAAUUUCAGGUUCGCUAAGUACUACAAGAUGGACAACGGCAGUGAGUACCGCACCCUGCUGAAAGCUUUUGGCAUCCGCUUCGACGUGCUGGUGUACGGAGACGCUGGCAAGUUCAACAUCAUCCCCACCAUCAUCAGCUCCGUGGCGGCCUUCACCUCGGUGGGAGUGGGCACCGUCCUCUGCGACAUCAUCCUGCUGAACUUCCUCAAGGGGGCCGACCAGUACAAGGCCAGGAAGUUCGAGGAGGUGAGCGAGACCACGCUGAGGGUCCCAGCCUCUGCCCAUCCCGGGGACACCAGCGACCAGACCACGGAGAAGCAGUCCACAGAUUCGGGCGCCUACUCUAUCGGCCACUAGGGCCUCUCCCGCCGCGCACGCUCAGCCUGCGGCGCCCAGCCUCCAGCCGGGAGACCCAGCGGGGCGCGCUGGGGAUGCGAGGGGAAGCAGCUCUCAUUUCUGCUGCCCACCCACAGGGGCCACAGCCGAGGCCUGGGUCUGACCGCCCCGCCACCCUGCAGACAGGUCCUGCUCCCACGAAGACCCCCGUCUCACCUGCACCCCCUGCCUCACCCUGCUCUGCUUCCCCAGACCCCCGGGGCGGUGAUACCUGGCCGUCCCCCUUCCAAAGAGUAAGAGAUAAAAAUAGGACUAACCAUGGCCCACAGGAGCCCAAGUGCCAGGCACCUUCACACAUGUUAGCUCAUUUACUCCUUAGAAUAGUCCUGCGAGGUAGAUAUUAGGUUCCCUUUUCUGAAGAUAAGUGGAGGCUCAGAGAGGCUGAGUCGUUUGCCCCGGACACACAGCCAGGAAUCGAGAGAGCUGGGAUUUGGACCCGGCUCUGACUCAUUUCAUCACCCCCACCCCACCAGGAGACAAGGCAAACCAGAGGCGUCCGCCCUUCCCCUUCAGCCUCCCCAACCUUGACCACGAUCCCGUUUCCACUUCCUCACGAGGGCGGCCCUUGCAGUCCCCAGCAACUCAGGCAGGCCCCGUGUCAGAUGGGGGCGCGGGGUCCCUUUCUCUGACUUGGGUGGAUCCCAGACGCAGAAGGAAACAGGAGACAUAACCGUCGGUGAAUUUUUCCUUCCCUCACCUCAAGCCGGAGAAGGGAACCUUCUCAUUUUCUCUGGGACCCUCACAGGGUCAUAUACAUCCAGGCCCCUCACUCGGGAGCCCAGCUAGGCACCUACUCCCCUGCCCGGGGCGGAGUAGGCUUCCCCACCUGGCGCCCUGUGCCAGGAGGUUAGCGGGUCUUCUCCAUCACGUGGAUGAAAAGGUCGGUUGAGACCCAGCACCCCGUGAGCAGCUAGUCAGCGGGCCUAUCCCCGCGGGGCCCGAACAAGGUGGUCGGCCUUGUGACAUCAGAAACUAAAGGGGCUUUAGGGA